AUGAACAACUAUUACGCCAAGCAGUACAGAGGGUCAGUCAACGAUCGACAACUGAACUGCAUCAGAAAGCAAAAGGAGAAGGGUGGGAAGAGAGAUUACAGAUCCUGCCUUACCACUCUGAAAGCUUUGUCGUGGGCAGACUUACAAGGAGUAUGCAGUGACAUGAUCCCUCAUGUCAUUGCUAUGAAGCAGCAGGUGAACACUAACAUCAGCAUGGCAGACUUCCCUGCAAACAAGGUGGACGAAAGCCACUGCACAUGGCGACUCCCCAAACCCAACACCCUGUUCCUGCUUACCAACCAUUGGCACCUCCUCCAUUGCCAACUGGGUAUGUUCAACCCCCACGAGUUUCGCUUUUUCCUGGGUGACACUCAGAAAGGUCAUGGAGUUGAUUUUGACAAUUGGAAGUUUGAAGUCGAGUCUCUCCUUCGUGAUGGGACACAUUCUGAGAGGGUUCUUGCCCCAUAUGUCCGGCAGUCUAUUCGUGGAGAACCAAGUCGGCUCAUUCAAACGCUAGGCCCCAAUGCCUCAAUCCGUCAGCUUAUCCAAGAACUCGAGGCGAGUUAUGGAACUGUACAAGAUGGGCCCGCUCUCCUCCAGAAAGCUUACAACAGCCAUCAGGAGGUUCAGGAGUCAGCAGCUGCAUUCGGUCGGCGCCUAAAACUGCUAGUGUUCGAUGUUUCCCGCUGUGGCGGUCUGCCCCAGUCAUCCAUGGACACAGUCCUCCGCCAAAUCUAUUGGCGGGGACUGCGCGAUCCAGACGAUCCAGAGCAUGUCCCUGUUUGUCCCCCACCACAGUCUGCCCCACCUCCAGCCACUCCACGACAGCCCUUUUCCGAGGCUGUGUCACAGAUAAACUCCACACUGGCUGAACUGAAAGUUGCUCUGCACCCUACUGCACCACAUACUGCUGCACCACCAAAAGCCUCAACCCCUGCCAAUAAACCUACCAUGACCCCAACUUGAUUCCAUCCCCAGCCUGUCGAAUGUUUUCGGUGUGGAGAAAAAGGUCGUAUCUCUAAAGGUUGUCGAAAUCCUCCGAAAGCAAAGAAUGCCAAUGUCCCACAAAAACCUUUAAACGGUUCUCUGCCUCCACAGUGGGGAAUGUGGCAGGCAGCACACUCAAGUCCCCAGUUGACAACAUCCACCCAAACCGCAUAAUUGAUAGAUUAGUAGGUAGUGCAAAUGAGGCAAACAUUAAUUGUGUCGGCGUAUGCAUUUUGCCAUCAUGCCCGCUACAAAUUUUUCCCAAAUUGACACCACAUGUAUAAUCUUUGA